AUGUGUGGUAUAUUUGCCUGUCAUAACCACCCCUCAAUAGCCACCUUCAAGACCACUGCUCUCCAGUGCGUCAAAUGCCUGCGGCAUCGUGGACCUGACUGGUCCGGAAACUGGACGGGCAACAACACCAUCCUCUGCCACGAGCGUCUUAGUAUUGUCGGCGUGGACAGCGGCGCACAACCUUUGGUCAACGAUGAGGGCACCAUUGCCUUGGCCGUCAACGGCGAGAUCUACAACCAUCGUAUCUUGCGCAAACAUCUGAAGAAGCCCUACAACUUCAAGACCCAUAGUGACUGCGAAGUCAUCAUCCCUCUCUACCAGGAAUUUGACAUCGACGCUCCAAACCACCUCGAUGGCAUGUUCUCCUUCGUCCUCUACGACAAGGAACAGGACCGAACAAUCGCGGCGCGGGAUCCCAUCGGUAUCACCUCUUUCUACCUUGGCCGAUCCAGCCAGACACCAGGAGCCGUCUUUUUCGCCUCGGAGCUGAAGGCUUUGGCUCCGGUCUGUGACCAGAUCCAGGCGUUUCCACCCGGUCAUGUGUACGACUCCAAAACCGACAAGCUCACACGAUACUUCCAGCCCUCUUGGUGGGAUGAAAACAAGAUUCCAGACACACCGGUGGACUACAAGCUGCUUAGAAAAACUUUGGAGAAGUCUGUUCUUAAGCGUCUUAUGGCGGAGGUGCCUUAUGGCGUCCUCUUGUCUGGUGGUCUUGAUUCCAGCUUGACGGCUUCGAUUGCACAACGAGAGUCUCUUCGUCAACGCGCUCUUAUCAACUCCCAGGCCAACGGCGCAGCCAACGGGGAUGAGCCGCAAACUGGGACCAAGUUGGUGGGCAUCGACGACGACGACGAGUUAUCCACCGUAACGUUUCUUCCUCAGCUGCAUUCCUUCUCCAUCGGUCUGCCCGAUGCGCCGGACACGAAGGCGGCGCUUGAAGUGGCCAAGUUCCUGGGUACUAAGCAUCAUGACUUCACCUUCACAAUUCAGGAGGGCCUGGAUGCACUGUCCGAUGUCAUCUACCACCUCGAAACAUACGACGUUACAACCAUUCGUGCCUCGACGCCCAUGUAUCUGUUGAGUCGAAAGAUCAAGGCCAUGGGUGUCAAGAUGGUUCUUAGCGGCGAAGGAAGCGACGAAAUCUUUGGCGGCUAUCUCUACUUCCACAACGCUCCCAACAGGGAGGAAUUCCACAAGGAGACUGUCCGCAGAGUCAAGAACCUGCAUCUGGCUGACUGCUUGCGAGCCAACAAAUCAACCUCUGCCUGGGGCCUUGAAGCUCGUGUCCCGUUCUUGGACAAGCAAUUCCUUGAGGUAGCGAUGAACAUCGACCCCGCGGAAAAGAUGAUUACAAAGGACAGGAUAGAAAAGUACAUUCUUCGCAAGGCAUUUGACACAAGCGAUGAGCCGGACGUUGCACCCUAUCUGCCGGAUAACAUCUUAUGGCGCCAAAAGGAGCAAUUCAGCGACGGUGUUGGAUAUGGCUGGAUUGAUGCCUUGAAGGACAACGCCGAGCUCAACGUGACGGAUGAAAUGAUGGCUAACCCUAAGCCGGAAUGGGGCGACGAUAUCCCGACCACCAAGGAAGCCUACUGGUAUCGGUUGAUGUUCGACCAGCAUUUCCCUCCAUACUGUGCCUCUACGGUCAUGAGAUGGACGCCCAAAUGGUCUAAACAGACCGACCCCAGCGGUCGAGCCAUUGCCACCCAUGUUGCCAGAUAUGAGGAGGCGAACAAGUCAUGA